CCCAUAUGUGUGGCCUAUAUGUAUUCCUUCAAAAUUUCAACCAUUUUGUUGAACGAUACCUAAUAUCAACCACAAUCGUAUGGUCACACUCUUCAGCCUUCACAGCAGAUAGCUAAUGGAGCUCUGUUAUUACACUCCCACGAAGCCGUCCUCUUCUCCGCACGCCGCCAUUCUCAACUUUCAGGGUGUUUCAUCAUCUGUUGAUAGAAGAUUUUCUAAGCGAACGUUACAUCCAGGGGUGCUGUCUUCUCCACUUUCUAAACCAUUUCUUCAACUUAACAAGAGAUUUCAGCCCCUUGUUUACAGAGAAUGCUCAUCUUUUAACUCUUUGAGAACAUACAAGGGCUUUUUUGCAGAAGCUGGAAAACAAGGUUGGGACUUUGGGAGAUUUUUAAAGACAUUGUAUUUUUUUAAUGGGCCUCCAUCACCUGCUAAGUUCAUUGAGUUUGUAAUUGAGAAACUAUCCAGUACUUCCCCUAGUGAACCAGCAGAGGCAAUGGAAACUUCUGGGAUUGUGCUAGUUGUUGGAGCCACUGGUGGUGUUGGGAGGAGAGUAGUCGACAUCUUGCGCAAGAAAGGAUGGCCUGUUCGAGUAUUGGUCAGAAAUGAAGGGAAGGCAAGAAGCAUGCUAGGUCCAGACAUUGACUUGGUUGUUGGAGAUAUUACCAAGGAGAGCACUUUGGUCCCUGAGUACUUCAAAGGAGUGAAGAAAAUUAUUAAUGCUGCUUCAGUCAUUAUUGGCCCAAAGGAAGGAGACACUCCUAACAGGGAAAAAUACAGCCAAGGAAUCAAGUUCUUUGAACCAGAGGUAAAAGGCGAUUCCCCUGAAAAGGUAGAAUUUAUUGGGAUGAAAAACUUGAUUAAUGCUGUAAAGGAAAGUGUUGGACUUCGAAGUGGAAAACUAAUAUAUGGAUUUGAAGGAAAUUCAUCUAGAGAUCUUGCUUGGGGUGCUUUAGAUGAUGUUGUGAUGGGAGGAGUUAGUGAAAGUACAAUUCAGUUUGACCCAACAGGUGGUGAAAAUGGUGGACCAACUGGGGUUUUCAAAGGUGUUGUUUCGACUGCAAACAAUGGUGGUUUUACCAGUAUAAGGACACGGAAUUUCUCAGCACCUGAAAAUCUUUCUGCUUAUGAUGGUCUGGAGCUGCGAGUUAAAGGUGAUGGCCGUCGGUAUAAACUUAUCGUGCGCACUAGCCGUGACUGGGAUACUGUUGGUUAUACAUCAGGCUUUGAUACUUUGGAAGGCCAAUGGCAGUCAGUACGAGUGCCUUUUACUUCUUUGAGGCCCAUAUUUCGAGCACGAACUGUAGCAGAUGCUCCUUCCUUUGAGCCAAGCAACAUCAUUUCAUUGCAGCUCAUGUUUAGUAAGUUUGAGUAUGAUGGGAAGCUGAAUCCAACAUUCAAGGAAGGGGCAUUCCAGCUUCCAGUAUCAAGCAUACGGGCAUAUAUUAAUGAGCCUGUAACUCCAAGGUUUGUUCACGUGGGCUCUGCAGGGGUUACACGGCCUGACAGACCUGGACUUGAUUUAAGUAAACAGCCUCCUGCUGUUCGUCUGAAUAAAGAAUUGGGCUUUGUUCUCACUUUCAAAUUAAAGGGUGAAGAUUUGAUACGGGAAAGUGGAAUCCCAUAUACAAUUGUAAGGCCUUGUGCAUUAACUGAGGAGCCUGCUGGAGCUGAUCUCAUUUUUGAUCAAGGAGAUAACAUCACGGGCAAGAUAUCCAGGGAGGAGGUUGCUCGGAUAUGUGUUGCUGCUCUAGAAAGUCCAUAUGCUUGUGACAAGACAUUUGAGGUCAAGUGUGUUAUUCCAUUCAGUGAGACAUACACAGUGGACCCUGAAAACCCUCCACCUGAGAAGGAUUACAGUAUUUAUUUCAAAACAUUGAAAGAUGGCAUUACAGGGAAAGAAAUCUUGGAGCAAAGUCCUGUACCUGUCUGAUUCUAGCUUAUGAUUGGGAAUCUUGCAAGUUUGCUGAUCUUUCUCUUUGUUUCCAGCCCGAACUUUUGAAGUAUUAGAGAAGACAAGAGGCAUGGAUAAGGGACAAAGAAAAUCAAGGGUUGAUACUAGGUUUGCAUAUGAAUAAUUGUAACAAAUGUGCCUGUGUGAAUAAAUCCAAGCUUUGAUUUUCAUCUUUGGGUGCAGGGAUAGUCUGCAUGUUUCUGUUUAUAAAUAAGUAACAAAUAUUGAUAUUGCUAUGUUGCUGGUUGUUUUCUUUCUGUAUUUCUUUCCAUUGUACAGUUAGAGUAAGCAGGGUUAUUUUCGUCUUUUCAUUCCUAUUGUAUUUAAGUUUGCUGCAAGGCAGCUUUGUGAAUAACAGAGAAUAUUUCUUUCUCCUGAGUUUCUUUCUCUGUUCUUAAUAUGGUAUCAGAGUGCUUUCAUCGCCUCCGCUAGUUUCUAUCACUCUCGUCGACUUUCUCCUGGCGAUCUAGCUAUCAUUUUUCUUCCGGUUAGAUCUUGUUGUUCUAACCGGAUCUUGUUGAUUUCUUCUUUUCAGGCGAUCUUGUUGUUUUUGUUUCGAUUUAUUCAAAAUCGAAACCCUAGCUCAUCGAUUUGUUCGAACUCGUUCAAAUCAAAACCCUCGCUCAUCGAUUGGUUCAAUCUUGUUGUUGUUUGGACAUAUCUGGUUUUCUAUUGGUUUUCUGAUCGUCCAAACUUUGUCUAUGGCUGCGUUUGCACUCAAUUCUUCUUCCUCGUUGAUGAACAAUCCUUCCGUCGACGACGGAUCUAGUCCUUAUUUCCUCCACCAUUCCGACAGUCCUGGACUUGUUUUGGUGUCUCAGCCCCUGACUGGAGAAAAUUAUACGUCAUGGAGUCGUGCAAUGGUGAUCGCGCUAUCCGUGAAGAAUAAACUUGGGUUUAUAAAUGGUUCGAUUUCAAGAUCUACAAGUGAUAUCUCUCUUACUAAUGCUUGGAUACGGAAUAACAACAUUGUCAUAUCUUGGAUUCUCAAUUCAGUUUCUAAGGAGAUUUCUGCUAGCAUUAUAUACUAUGAAUCUGCAUAUGACAUUUGGACUGAUCUUAAAGAACGGUAUCAACAAAGCAAUGGUUCUAGGAUAUUUCAAUUAAGGCGUGAAUUGAUGAACUUAAAUCAAGGCCAGUUGUUUGUUAGUACUUAUUUUACGAAACUUAAAACUGUUUGGGAUGAGUUAAGCAAUUAUAGGCAUGUAUGUACAUGUGGGAACUGUUCUUGUGGUGGAAUUAAAUCUCUUGUGGAUCAUUAUCAAAUGGAGUAUUUCAUGUCAUUUCUAAUGGGAUUAAAUGAAUCUUUUGCUCAAGUAUGAGGUCAAUUACUACUCAUGGAUCCUAUUCCUCAAAUAAAUAAGGUUUUUGCCCUAAUUUCUCAAGAGGAGAAACAAAGAACUAUAGUGGAUUCUGCUAGUGGUAGUGAUUCAGUUUUAUUUUCUAUGAAACAUGAUGCGACUAGGCCUAGUCAUGGUAAAAACCAAAGGAGAGACCGGGCUAUAUGUACACACUGUGGAUAUAGUGGACAUACAGUGGAAAAGUGUUAUAAGCUUCAUGGCUAUCCUCCAGGAUAUAAGCCUAAGCAAAGGACUAAUCCUAAUCAGAUAAACUCUAAUCAUGUCAAUUCUGCCCUUACUAAUCAGGUGAAUGAUAAUAACCUUAACCAAUGCAAGAAAUCAGAUGUGGGAGACUUCAUGCAGUCCUUAAAUCAUAAUUAGUAUCAGCAGCUCUUGAAUGUGUUGAGUUCUCACUUAUCUGCUGCUAAGACAAGUAUAGAAGCUGACACUUCUCUUGAUCAAGCAUCAGGUACAUGUUUUUCCACUUCUAUUAGUCCUAAACUUAGUUGUCCUAGGUUCUGGAUUGUUGAUUCAGGGGCCACCAGUCAUAUGUGCUAUGAUUAGUCUUCUUUUGAUCAGUUGAGACCAAUUCAUGAUGCUUCUGUGACAUUACCUGAU